GAGGUUAAGAUCAUCAAGGAUAAUUAUGUAACCAAGACGCACCUAGAAGAGCUAAAGAAAGAUAAAUCUUUCUUAAAAACAUCCACAUCACCAGCUCAUCAUCAUAAGGUAGGUAGAAGGUGCAGUGCAUUCUUGUUGGAUGUGGGUACUACGUUCGGCGACAGUGGGCCGAUGGGCUUGUCGCACGAGUUAUCAACAGCUGAUGUACCGUUACAAACAACUGACGUACAGACAGAGACGGAAAAGAUAGCUAUCGCACAAGUAGCUAGUCGUGCUCGUGAUAGUGUCGAUGCACUCGCACCUGUGUCAGAUAUGCAUAAGGCUGACCUCUUUACAUCUGGAGGCGUGACUGCUUAUAACGGUGCGGAUGGGCGGCAAUCAUUCAGCGCAGGAGGCGCUAAAACAACUCCAAUUCCAAUGCAGAACUCACCGAGUAAAAGCAGGAUGAAUGAUGACAAAACAAUUGUAGUGAAUAAGUUCUCUAACAAUAAUAACGCAAUAAAAGAUACAUCUUGUGAUGAAGAAAACACUUUUUCAAAUGGCUUGUUAUAUGUCGGAUUUAAUCAAGAUCAAGGUUGCUUUGCCUGUGGGACGGAGAAUGGUUUUAGAGUGUUUAACAGUGACCCACUUAAAGAAAAAGAACGACAGAACUUUGCUGAAGGUGGUCUAUCCUACGUAGAAAUGCUAUUCAGAUGCAAUUAUAUGGCCUUAGUCGGUGGAGGAAAAACUCCUUUAUAUCCACCGAAUAGAGUUAUAAUUUGGGAUGAUUUGAAAAAAGAUUCAGCAAUAUCAUUGGAUUUUAAUAGCCCAGUUAAAGCUGUAAAACUAAGAAGAGAUAGAAUAGUAGUGGUCUUAGAGAACUUGAUUAAGGUGUAUACUUUUACUGCACAACCUUUAUUGCUUCAUGUAUUUGAAACAUGUCAAAAUACUCGUGGACUUUGUGUUGUUUGUCCAAACAGUAAUAAUGCCUUGCUUGCUUACCCUAGUCGGAAAACUGGACAUGUUCAGCUUGUAGAGUUAAGUAAUCAAGCGGGAUCAAGCAAUACUCCUGAAGGUCAUCUUAUAAGUGCUCAUGAAGCUCCACUUAGUUGCUUAGCACUUAAUGUAGGUGGAACAAGAUUGGCUACAGCCUCCACUAAAGGGACUCUCAUCAGAGUUUUUGAUACAAAUAGUGGCCAGAAGUUAGCAGAACUUAGGCGUGGUGCACAUCAGGCUACAAUAUAUUGUAUUAAUUUUAAUCACACAAGUACUAACUUAUGUGUAACAUCUGAUCAUGGAACAGUGCACAUUUUCAGUUUAGAGGAUGACAAGUUGAAUAAGCAAUCCACUUUGGCAACUGUAAAUUUUCUGCCAAAAUAUUUUUCUAGCAAUUGGAGUUUUUGCAAAUUUACAAUACCAAAUGGUCCUCCUUGCAUUUGCGCUUUUGGAGUUGAUAAGAGUUCUAUAAUUGUUAUUUGUGCCGAUGGUUCUUAUUACAAAUACAAAUUUAACGACAAGGGUGAAUGCAACCGAGAUGUCUAUGCUCAAUUUUUGGAAACAUCGGAAGACAGAUAA